CGCAGUCACGUGACGAGCGUCGCCCAGGUUGUGUGGAAAUCUGCAUCCUGCUAGUGGCGCUUAGCUAGCAGCCGAGCACGCAAACGUCAAGCGAUGCGCUGAUUGUUUAUUUUCUUUUCAACAAACGGAGGAGACAUGAAGGUGGCUGCGGCGGAGGCAGAGAGGGAAAGGCUUCCCCCCCCCCCCCCAGCCUUUCCCUUUUCUUUGACAGUUUAGGAGGUUAUUUUGUCAAGUAGACAGCCGCCUCGGCUAACGCCGCAAACUUUGACUGACAACGAGAGGCAUUUGCUAGCUCGAUUUCGGGUCGUCGAUGUAUCGCUUAUGAGCGCAAUUGAUCGGCUGGGAGCGAGCGAGUCUUCAUACCUUCGCGAUAAAGAGCGCGACCCAGACCCAGCCGAACAUGCCCGUGGACCCAUAUCGACGGUAUUCGGUUCAUCUCCAGUGAGCGCUAAUGUGAACGCACAUUGACAACUCUUUAGCAUCUGAUGCUAACGCCGUUUCCCCGAACUUCAGCUUUUUUUUUAGCCAUGUAAACCGCCGCGUCUUUCCCAGAGAAACGCUUCAAUAUUUGGAAUGGGUUCGGCGGUCAUUUCUAAAAAGGAAUCAAUUCAAACAAAAACAUGACGAGGAUGUCAAACCCCUUGGAUUAAUACAACAUUUCCCGAAAUCCCGACACUCGCCACAAUGCAGCCUCAAUAAACACAUCUCGAAAUUCCGUGGAGGGAAAUAUCGCGCAUAUCAAACGAUCCAUCUCCGGGUUCUCAUCUUAUUGGCGUCAUGUCGGGGGACACGUCCGAUAGCAGCGAUGACUCCGAUGGGCAAACAAAUGAAAGCGCCUGCACAGUCAAGCAUCAAAUCACCAACGCCAACCUCACCGGACACACCGAGAAGGUCGGCAUGGAAAACUUCGAGCUGCUCAAAGUGCUGGGAACUGGAGCGUACGGGAAAGUGUUUUUAGUGAGGAAGAACAGCGGCCACGAUGCGGGCCAACUGUAUGCAAUGAAGGUGCUCAAGAAAGCGGCAAUCGUUCAAAAGGCCAAGACCGCGGAGCACACUCGGACCGAGAGGCAGGUUCUGGAGCACAUCCGCCAGUCGCCCUUCUUGGUCACGCUCCAUUAUGCCUUUCAGACUCAGAGCAAGUUGCACCUGAUCUUGGACUUUGUGAGCGGCGGGGAGAUGUUCACGCAUUUGUACCAACAAGAUCAUUUUUCCGAAGAGGCGGUGCGCAUUUACAUCGGCGAAAUCAUCCUCGCUUUGGAGCACCUGCACAAGCUGGGCGUCGUGUACCGUGACAUUAAAUUGGAAAAUAUUCUCCUGGACAGUGAAGGUCACGUGGUAUUGACAGAUUUUGGACUCAGCAAAGAAUUUCUCCAAGAGGAGAAGGAAAGAACCUACUCUUUCUGCGGUACCAUCGAGUACAUGGCGCCUGAAAUCAUCAGGGCGAAGAGCGGCCACGGCAAGUCGGUGGAUUGGUGGAGCCUCGGAAUCCUGAUGUUCGAGCUCCUGACGGGAGCGUCUCCGUUCACGUUGGAGGGAGAGAGGAACUCCCAGAGCGAGGUGUCCAAGCGAAUCCUCCGCUGCGAUCCGCCGUUCCCCUCUGUGAUCGGACCCACCGCUCAGGACCUGCUGAAGAAGCUGUUGGUCAAGGAUCCUCACAAGAGGCUGGGUUCCGGACCGCGGGGCGCCGCGGACAUCAAGAAGCACGCUUUCUUCAAGGGACUAAACUGGGACGACCUGGCCCAGAAAAAGAUCGCAAGCCCGUUCAAGCCCGAGCUGAAGAGUGAACUGGACGUGGGGAACUUUGCCGAGGAGUUCACCGGGAUGGAUCCAGUCUACUCUCCGGCGAGUACGCCCCCGAGCACCGACCGCCUCUUCCAGGGCUACUCCUUCAUCGCGCCUUCCAUCCUCUUCAACAAAAAUGCCGUCAUGGGAGACUUUUUGGCGUCCCAGGUCGCUGCCGAGCGACCGGCUUCGGCCUCGGUUCAGCGCAGCGCCACGUUGGCGGAAUCUCCGUUUUUUCUGAACUACGAGCUGUGUCUCCAGGGCCCCCCCUUGGGCGAGGGCAGUUUUUCCGUGUGCAGGCAAUGCACGCACAAGCAAAGCGGCCUCCAGUACGCCGUCAAGAUAGUCAGCCGCAGAAUGGAGGCGAACACCCAGAGGGAGAUUGCCGCUUUGAGGCAAUGCGAGGCUCACCCAAACAUCGUCAAACUGCACGACGUCUAUACCGAUCAGUACCACACGUACUUAGUCAUGGAGCUUCUGCGCGGCGGCGAGCUGCUGGAAAGGAUCAAGAGGAAGAAGCUCUUCGGCGAAGCGGAGGCCGGCCAGCUGCUGCAGAGCCUGGUCUCGGCCGUCGGGUUCAUGCACGAGGCCGGCGUCGUGCACAGAGACCUGAAACCCGAGAACGUGCUGUUUACAGAUGAGAGCGAGGACUCGGUCCUCAAAGUCAUCGACUUUGGAUUCGCCCGCCUGUGUCCGGCGGGCAGCGCCCCGCUGCAGACGCCGUGCUUCACUCUGCAGUACGCCGCGCCGGAACUUUUCGAGAGCGCCGGCUACGACAAAGCCUGCGACCUCUGGAGUCUCGGGGUCAUUCUGUACACCAUGCUGUCGGGCCAGGUGCCGUUCCAGAGCGAGCGGGCGGGGAUGACGUCGUCUUACGCCGCCGACAUCAUGCACAAGAUCAAAGAGGGAGACUUCUCCUUGGACGGCGAGCCGUGGAAGGGCGUGUCCGAGGACGCCAAAGAACUCGUGAAAGGGCUCCUGACGGUGGAUCCCGAGCGGCGCCUCAAGCUGUCCGACCUGAAGGAGAACGGCUGGCUUCAGGGCGGCGCGUCCAUGUCCACGACCCCCUUGUGCACUCCCGACGUGCUGGAGUCCAGCGGGCCCACCGUGCGCACCUUCGUCAACGCCACUUACAAGGCUUUCAACCGCGGCAAGAGAGAGGGCUUCUUUCUAAAAAGCGUUGACAACGCCCCCCUGGCAAAACGCCGCAAACUGAAAAUGACCAGUACGGGCGUGGAGACCCGGUGGAGUUCGUCCUCCUCCUCCUCCUCCUCCUCCUCCUCGUCCUCCUCGUCCUCUUCCUCCGCUGCAAAAGCAACGAAAGCCCAGCCAAAGCAAAAUGUCAGCCCAAAGCAAAGUUAGCCGUCGUCGAGCAAGCGCGGCAAGAAUAGAAUCAUUUCGUAAUUGAGUUGCUCAGAUGAGCCCAAGUGUUGGUUUUGGUUCAAUUCCCCUCCAGCCACAAAGCGCGAGCUGCAAUCGAGGAGUUGUUGUUGUUUUGUUUUUUUUUUUUCUUCCCCAUUUGCGAUGGGAAGUCGUCAAUCAUACAGCACGAAACGCGCUUCAUAUUUUCUCACCGCUACCGUGACACACUAAAAUCCUUUUUCAAACGGAGCGACGUACAAAGUGGAAAAACUUUGUGGGCUGAAAAGGGAAAAGGAGCUAUUUUGUCAGCUGAAGCCAUAAAUGUCACAAUUGCACACGGCUGAUAAAAUUCUGCUAUUAUCACUUACUUACAUAUUUAAUAACUCUGUUUUUGUUCCCUCCUCCAUCAGGCUGUUUGCACUUUUUCGGCUGAGUAUGUAAAUGAUCAAAAGCGAGCUUUUGAACUUUAGAGGUUGCAUUUUGGACAAGUUCCACUUUUUAGAGGCUUAAAAAAAAAAAAAAAGUUCUUUUGAAGCUGAGCUGCCUGCGUACAAGAGAGAGGACAAUCUUUGUGACGUAAUCGCAGCUCAAAUAUUUUGCAUUAAUAUCCACUGGUGUGUUGGGAUGAAGAGUUUGCAGCAUCCGCAUCCCCCCCCCCCCCCCGCCUUUUAUUUGGUGACUUUUUGGGAUUAUGUGGCGCUCAAUUUCAAGUGGCCAGAUGUCUCGGAUAAUUUUUCUUUCAAUUUGGCCUGUUUUGUUUUUAUUUAUUUAUUUUUUUUUUGUUCCCAGCGCGUUACAGGGUGGACGUCUUCACCUGAAGUCUUUUACAGCCCCGAUUUGAAAUGAUCGCUUUGUUUUUACGAUAAUGAUGAGACACUUAAUUAUGAUUUUAAUAUCAAUCUCUGGAGGCCGCCCGAUGAGCUCCGCUGUAUAUACUUUCAUUUACAAAGUCAAAAUGCGGAUGUCCAUCCACCCAUUUUCUGAGCCGCUCAUCCUCACGAGGCUCCGGCCGUCAUUGGGCGGGAGGGGCGCACCCCGGACCGGUCGCCGGCCAAUCGCGGGGCACGCGGAGACGGACGACGGUCGCGCUCACAAUCAGACUUUUGGGGGCAAUGAAUGUUGCGAGUUUUUGGGACGUGGGAGGAAAGCCACGCAGGAAAGGCCGGGAUUCGAACCCCGGUCCUCAGAACUGUGAGGCCAACACUCUCCAGCCCAAAAUCGGGAUGUACUAAUUGAAUCCAUUUGUUUUUUUUUUUUUUUUUUUUUUUUUUUGGAUAUGGUAUAUUUUGUGUUUGUCUUUUUGACAUGUUGCACACGCUCCUUCUUGUCAAUAAAGUGCAUUUUUUUGCAGCUUUGAUGCGGUGUGAUCGCCUUUAAUGAUGGCCGCAUUGGAUCCGGGCUUUUGUGUACCGUGACUGUGAACGACCGCCAGAACAUUUCUGGCACUUGUGUUGUUAUCUGCGUAUCAAACAAAGCAUUAUUAUUAUUUUUUUUUUUUGUCCCUUAAAUUGUUUAAUGCCUUGACUUUUUUUUUUUUUUUUGAAAGGAAAAAGGAUGUUGAUUGUGGAGUAUUUUUUUGGGGUAUUCUGUUUCUUCCUUCUCCUUUUUUUAAAAAAAAAAACCUGACUUGUAUUACAACGCAGUGAAAUGUCAUUCGUGUAUUUGGGAAAUGUUUUUUCUUUUCUUUUUUUUUUUUUUUUGCACCAAGACGCUGGUUUUGCUGCAAAAUAAAGAUUGGCAUCAUUUUGAA